UAUAUAUUUAUAUACAAAUACAAAUAUAUCGUGUUAUACACAUCCAGCUGACAUUUGACCACAUUUGACAAUCGAUAGUAAUAAUCAGAAAUAGAGUUUCACCGAGAUAGCAAUAGCGGGUAAUGUUUAAUUAAUUAAACAAGUCUUCCUUUAGUUAAAAAUAAAAUCCAUAUUUAUUACGCUGCACAUCAGUUUUUUAUUGUCUGAAAUGUCAGUUAUGCUGAGAAACGUCGUAAAGAGAGCUGCUGAUAAUCACACCCACUAUUACGUGUGUAUAUUUUACGUCUAGGUUAUAUUUUGAAAGUUUAUACAUAAAAAUAUGCCGUUAUUUUCUUGAAUUUAUUCAUUUUGUGAUAUUUGCAAUAAUCAAUAACUAUUUAAUUGUACAAAUACUCUAAUGCAAAUAUUAAAAAUCAGAUAAAUAAACAAAGAAAUGGAUAUAAUAGAUAUUGAAAGUAUUGAAUCAAAUACACGACCAAUAAAAAAUUCAACUGUCAGAUGCAAUUGCGUGAGUUCAAAUUCAGUAUGUUAUAUUGUCGUGACAAUUGCCACAUUAGCUUUCUUGGGAGCUAUUGUGUUUAUAUGCAAAGACUAUAUUAAAGUAUUAUUGUAUUGGAUAGAACAUAAAGAUAUAUGGAUAAUAAGUAUUAUUGUAAUAUCACUAUUUACAGUAGUGUCAUUUCCUAUAGUGAUUGGUUACUUAUUUUUAAUAAUCGCAAGUGGUUAUUUAUUUGGUAUUGUCCGUGGUAUUGCACUGGUUGUACUCGGCGCUAAUUUAGGUAUUGCAAUUGCACAUACGACACUCAGUGCAUUGUCAACAAAGUUACCGAUUGGUGCAUUAUUAAGAAGUGAAACUGCGCGAGCAAUAUUAAGAGUUAUAUCUGGUCCUCAAGCAUUUAGAGUUGUACUCUUUGCCAGACUAACUCCAAUUCCAUUUGGUCUACAGAAUACUAUUUUUGCUGUAAGCAAUAUUAGUGGUUUAAGGUAUCACAUUGCAAGUGCAAUUGGCCUACUACCAGCUCAAUUGAUAAAUGUUUACCUAGGAAGCAGUUUACGAUCCAUGCAAGAUGUUUUGGAAGAUAAAUCAACUGCUGCGACGGGUUAUAUUGUAUUUUGUUUUCAAAUAAUAAUUGGAGUAUCAUUAAUGGUCUACGUAGUACAGAAAGCACGAAGAGAACUUCACCUGGCACUUCUCGAAGCUGAUCUAGCAGCAAUGACUGACAGUUCACAUUAUUUGCAUGACACAUUACCUGACUCAAAAGGAUCUCUUACAUCAUUGAUGGCAUGAAAGAUUUAAUAUUAUUAUUAAACAAGUACGUGAUAAUUAAUAAGGAUUGCAAAGUAAUAUUACAUGAAAUUCUGAUGAUAAGAUAAGACUUUGUACUCAAUGGAUUUAAAUCGCGACCUAUUUUUUUCUAAAAAAAAAUAUUUUGAAUAAUCUCAAGAUUCUUUACUUAUUAACAUGCAAUUAUAAGCGUGCCAAAAUUUAUUAACUUUUAUUUAUAAAAUUAUUUUGUUUCUUUUUUAUAAAAAUCUUACUCGACUUAAAAAUCUUCCAUUAUACAGUUGUUAAUUUUUUCUAAUAUAUUUUUGUUUAUCUAAUUCGUAUUACCGGCAUUUAAAACUUUGUCAUAACUCAGCAUAUAAUUAUUAAUGAGAUAUUAUUUUUUAUUAACUAUUACUUAGGUUAGUAUUUUAUUAUCAUUAGAAGUCAAAUAAUAACAAAAAUAAUUAAACCUGCACCACUCUAACUAAUAGUGAUUAAAAGCGUGUCAUUAAACAAACUGUGUUAUUAAAACUCAAUAAAAUAUUCAAAUAUUUUUAAUAAU